AUCAGCCUGAUUGUUAACUUAUAAACAAAAUGUAGUAGUUUUUCGCGCACUUGAAUUGCAUGCGGUAUACGACAUCAACGUAAAUGGUGAUGUAAUGUUCAUGAACAAGAUCGUUUGGAAUACUGGGUGAUUCUGGAAACAUCAAGUCAUGGUGGUCCUACUAAGCCUGACCUGGCUCCUUCUAGAGAUGCUUUUGUCUGAUUGGCUGACAGCAGUUUUGUCCCGGGACUUCACUUUAAAGGACAUAGUCCAGCUCCAUCUGUUAGCUACCCCCUACCCUGGCAGCUUUAAGUGCUUCAUCUGUGAGGAAGCUGAUGAUAACUACUCCUGCAACCGUUGGGCCCCUGACACCUACUGUCCUAAAGAUACCAGAUUCUGCUACACGCAUCACAGGAUAAGUUCUGUAGGUGGGAGCGUUGCUGUGACGAAGCGCUGUGUAGCACAGGAAGCGUGUGUGUCCACUGGCUGUGUGACACAUCAUGGUCACAUGGUCUGCACUUCCUGCUGUGAGGGAAACAUGUGUAACCUGCCCGUACCGUGGAACGAGACAACGGCCAUCUUCUCCACAAAAUACCCAUUAAACCGUGAGAGCAGAAUCUGUCCCAGCUCUGCCACCACCAUCACCAUCAUCAUUCUCACACUCGGCUUUUCUUAACAACUUGUUUUUAUUUUGUUUUAUUCAUGUAACGGAUUUCCUGUGUAGGCAGAGGUGUCUUUUAAUGAUUUAAAGCAUUUUUCUGAACCGGGAUCAUGUACGUGGCAUUUGCUGGGUAUCUGCACACUGUGCUCGGUGCUGUCUGUAUGUAUGGGGUGAUGCUGUCCUUCAGGUCAUUCUCCCCCUUGUUUGGUUCGGAUGCCGCUGUAAGAGAACCAGUUCACCCCUGCCUUGUUUCAGUAGUCUGCUAGAGUCAAAAACACUCAAAUCUUUGGAUUAAAAUUCAUGUUAAGAUGAUGGAGUACUAGACUAAUCACAGUAUCUCAUGUCAGUGAUGGUUAAUAUUAGCAACAGAAAUGAACAUUUAUUAUCCAGUGAUAUUUGUGAAAUUUUUCAUACAUACAUACAUAUAUAUAUAAAUAUAUAUAUAUAAAAAUAAAACUCCAUGUGUGAAGCUUUGAAACUAAAACAUUUCCCUUAAAAGAUGUGUGGCAGGGGUAAUUUAUAAAUAAAUAUGCAAAUACAGAAACUUCCAAAAUCAAGUUAAGAACAGUGACUGAGCAAAUACCCUUUUAUAUACCACUGCUGAUUACAGUUUAUCCAUUUGCAGACAGGUCCUGUUCAGAGGAUAAAUGACACUCUAGCAUCCAUUCAGCCUUUAUUCAUGCUUUAACAUACUUUACCCCAUACAGAGUUUACAUAAAUACAUUUCAAAUACAAAAUACAUUUCUGGGAAAAGCAACUGUGCUUUAAUGCUUUAAGUAAUUUUAUAACAAAAGGGAAAGCAAAGCAUUUGUGAUAUUUUAAUAAUAAUAAAAAAAAACAAAACAGAUACAUUAGGUCUCUCCUGUUCCUACUUCAGCUGGCACAUAGGAAACCUGGGAGCAACUGUCCAAUAGCGAGUAGAUUCUGCUAGUCCAGGAUCAGUUUUUCACAUUCACACAGUGACGGAUAAAGUCUAAAAAGGGAGGGGAACAACCUAGUGCAGCACUCUUAAGAACUCAGGACCCACAUUCAUCAACCCUCUCAGCUUAAACACCUGCAGACACAGACGCUGUGGACGCAGUACGAAUACAAGCACAGAGUACUGUUGUUUGGGGUCCCCUCUGAUAUGGCUUC